UUUGUGAACCCAAAAUGACAAAUGGGUCAUAUUAAAUGGGACGGAAGGAAUACAUCUUAAUCUUUCCAACACGCAUCAAUCUUGUUAAGUGAAAAAAAAUGAAAAGGCGAAUAAAUGAUAAAUUUUUUGCUCAAUAAGUAAAUGUUCUAAAAUAGAUGAAACGCUAAAAAAAAGUGUUUCAAUAUAAGUGGAACGGAUGGAGUAAUUGAUACAAUUGCUAAAAAUUGAAAUAUAAUUAAUACUAAAUUUUAAAAAUUGUGAUCGAAUUGACAACUUUAUUAAAGCUUGGGAUAAAUUUAAUCAUUAAUCCUUUAAUAAAUGCAAAUUAAAGUAUAUUUUGAAUUAUAUGAGUAGCAGUAUAUUUCCAAUGUGGUUUUACUCUCAGUCAAGUUAAUGUUCAACCAUUAAGGCAAUUAUUAGCCACAUAUUAAUACUGUCGCUUUUUUAUUCUUCUAAUAUAGUAAUAUACUCCAUAUAUAAUAUAGUAUAUAUCUCUUAUUCACUUAUUAAUUUAUUAAACCCACCAAAAAAAAAGAUACUUAAAACAUAAAGAGAUAUUUUAAUUGGCAAAUAUGAAAAUACACGUAUCUUCGUGUCUUUAUUUCAUCCUAAGUUUCGUUCGCCAACUUGCAAAAAUGCACUUGAAACCUCUCUCUCUCUCUCUCUCUAUCUAUAGAAUCUCAGCUGGAACAAAUUUCCUCAAAAACUUUCUUUGGUGAAAUGCAUCCUUUACUGACACACUUUUACUUAAUGCUAUAAGUUUGUUUUUCUUCGAAGAGAAACGGUCUUUUUCCAGUGUUUUAAAGAGAGAGAAAGCAGGGUGCUUUAGAGAGAGAGACCAAGGAAUGGAGAGACGGGUGAUUAUAGUGUGCUGUGUUGUGGGGUUUCUUGGGUUGUUGUCUGCUGCUACAGGCUUCGCCGCUGAGGCUAAGAGGAUUAAGGGUAGCCAAGUCCUGUUUCCAUCCCCUUCUAUAUGUGUAUAUCCGAGGAGCCCUGCACUAGUCCUCGGGUUAACUGCAGCUGUCUCUCUCAUGAUUGCUCAAAUUAUCAUCAAUGUUGCAACUGGAUGCAUUUGUUGUAGGAAAGGCUCUCAUCAAUCAAGCUCUAGUUGGAGUGUAGCACUUGUGUGCUUUGUCGUCUCCUGGUUCACCUUCGUCAUCGCAUUCCUUCUGUUGCUCACUGGUGCAGCUCUCAAUGAUCAGCAUGGUGAAGAGAACCUAUACUUCGGCAACUACUACUGUUACGUUGUGAAACCGGGUGUUUUUGCCGGAGCUGCAGUCCUGUCCCUCGCCAGUGUGACUCUUGGGAUCUUCUACUACCUUACCUUAACCUCCGGUAAGGACAGGAACGAGACGUGGGGCGCCCCUGUUCCUCCCAGUCGAGGUGCCAUUGCCAUGGGACAACCUCAAUUCCCACCACAGAACGCUGAGGCUCCUCCUGUCUUCGUGCACGAGGACACGUACAUGAGGCGGCAGUUCACUUAGCCGCCGUGGUUUUUGAGCUCGGGAUCGGUGGUUAUGGUGGUUGGGAGUGCUUGAGGAUUCUUGUAAGAAGUAGCUGUCGCUAUAACCUUUUUUUUUUAAAUUUAAUUUAAUUUGACGGAUGUCUGUUAUCACCUGUUGAUAUGAAUACAAGUAGAACUGUUUGUUUGUUGAAAUCGUAUUUUUCCCCUUCACUGUGCUAUUGUUGUAGGCAAAAGUGAAAUAUUUUUGGAAAAAUGGGAAAUUGAGGUGGAAACUAUUAAAUUA